CAGCAGGCUGCAGAGAAGCUGCAGACGAUGUUGAGCAGGUUUGUGCACGCAGGUUCGUGACGACGCCGAAGACCGCCUCAACCAGGCCGCGCUUGGGGGGAGUCGAUGCUUCUCCAUUCCAACGCCUGCUUCUAACGCAAGCGCGGCCUCGGGCCAUCUUAAUAUCUCCUACAAAGUCUCUGCAUAGAGGACGGGCAAAUAUUUGUCUUAAUUCAAUUCCAAACGCCGGUCCUUCCCGCCAAAGCUUCCCUGCUCGUCCCUUCACACCCGGAUCCUUCCUCAGCGCGAUGGUGGGUUUCUCCCUGGCUGUCCACACCGUUGCACCAGUUUGCAGCAUCAAUCCCAUAGGCAGUAGCCUAUUGAAGCACCCAGUAUCAUCAGAUCAGCCCCAAAGGUCAUCUUUCCUAGGGAAGCCCUGCCUUGCUGCUUCGUGCUCCUUCUCAGGGAGUCCGCUGCUGCCGGUUCGCAAUGGAUCAGACUAUGCAACAAGAGAUGGGAGAAGCUUGGUCACGGCGGCAACGGGGCCCUCUGGAAAUACACCAACCCUCCACGUUGGACGCCUGUGGCUGAAGCAGGUUUCCAAGGCUGGCCAAGGCAAGCAAAACGCCAGUGGACCUAAGACCAAGGGCGACUGCCGCCGGCUGUGCCCUCCAACUGCCACUGUUUCGGUGGAGACUCGCCCUCUCCUGCAGAAACCGUUCACACUCCCGCACGCCAUGGAGAUGCAGGUCAAAGAUGAGAAAUCAUACACCGAGACGCAGAGCGACGCGGUGCCAGCGCAUGCGGCCUGGCUGACUUACCGUGCCGCCAUCAGCGAUGAUCACACCAGCAACGAAUACGCUGUGGGGGUCUCCAACCGCCUGGCCACUCUAGCGGAGUACAGGAUGAUGCGUGAGCAGUCCCUGCUGAGUCUGCAAGCAAUUCGGGCGGCCGCGUUUGAAGGGCAGACCGGAAACGACGAGAAUUAGAUUGUUGUUAUUGAUCAGGUUGGUAGAGCGAGAGUUAGUCUGACAUUUGCAGAGUUUGAUAGGCGCCAGUAACCAGAACACUAGAGAAAGUUAAGUCAACCUUGACGAGAUUUUUAGGAGUAGUCUAGCUCGAGUGUAAAUUGAGAUCAGCACGAGUUUUUAUCAGCACCAUCACAACUCAGAGAGUUGACCAAAUAUAGAUAUGUGCAAACGACUAGGUUGCUAGUAUGCGAAUCAGGCCAAUGCACUUCUUGGUGGGAUCAGACUUGGGGUCUGGUCGCAGCAUCAGUUGUUCAGGACCUGCUAGACCUCCGUCGACAUGUAGGUUUGCCCUAUUGGCAGUUAGGACUACUUUAGUGUUGUCGUUAAGCCGCACAAUCUAGAUCUGACAGGAGAAAAGAGGUCCAGUAGAGGUUUUCGUUAGGUAGUAUGUCAAAGUAGUAUGUUAAGAAUCGACCUGAACAAGAGUCAGCGAGCUAGCUAAUUCUACAAGAGAUAGAAGUACUUGAGCGGCUAUAGGGCAAGUUGAGCGCGAGCUUAUAAGAAAGGUACAGAACGUGAGCUCACAAUUGCCAAGCAAUAGGGACAGGCAGCCAUAAGCUAGAAAGCCGUUCUCGAUCAAAAGACUUUUGACAUUCGAUUACUACCGUACGACCAAGGUAUGAUUCCGAAUGCUCCAAAAAAGCAAUUAUUUUAGCGAAUGCGAGCCCA